AUGUAUAAACGUUUGUAUAUGCUCCGCCAGAAAGAGAAAGACAAGGGGUUUAGACCAAAAAAGAAAAGAAAAAGAAAGAAAGACAAGGGCUUGGUCCUAAUCCCUGGGCUUCCUGCUAUGCCUCGUUAUGAAAGCGUUGCAGCUGUGGGUUCAAGGAUAUAUGUGUUUGAUGGGAUUAACUCUUACAUCAUCGACUGUACAUCUCACACUGUGCAACAUCUCCCGAGGAUGCCUGUGCCCUUGUCUUAUACAGUCGCUGGCGUUAUUGGCGGGAGAGUCUACGUCUUUGGAUAUCGCGGUAAGUCAAAGGCGAUGUUGGUGUUCAACACAGAAACACAAACGUGGGAGGAUGGGAUGACUAAGCCAGUGAGGAAGGUAUGUGAUGGUUCCCUGGUGGUGAUGGCUGAUAAGAUGUACAUGACGGAUGGCAUGAAGAGCUUUGUUUACGACCCAAAGGAAAGCAAAUGGGAAACGGACAAGAUGCUGAGUUCGAAGUUCUGGGAGUACGCUUGUGUUGUUGAUGAUGUUUUGUACUACCACCAUUUUUCUGAUAACGAAUUGAUAGCGUAUGAUCCAGAGCACAAGUGUUGGCAAGUGGUGAAAGGUGUGAAAAAGGUGUUGGCUAAGAUGAGACGUGUUGGUUAUUUUUGGGCAAAGGCUGUGAGUUAUGCUGGCAAACUGGUUUUGUUUUUUCGCAAAAAAGGAGUCACUGGGGAGAUUUGUUUUGCGAAGAUUUCGCUGGAAAGACGCGAAGGAGGUCAGAUUUGGGGUAAAGUUGUUCAGUGGUGUGAUCAUGGUCUGAUUGCUGGUGGUUUUUACUUUACGAAAUCUCUAGAUGUUGUGCUUUGA